AUGGCAGACGCUGAAGGCAAAGGCGACGGUGAUGCACGGGCGACGACGCCUUGGUGGAAAGGCGGCUUCAAAGUUCCAUUCGCUGUAGCUCUCCUUGGCGUCACUAUAGCAACGGCGGCUGCCAUCGCCGCACCCCUGGGGGUACUAUCCUUCAGCGGAGCCACCAAGUCAACCGAUACCAUGACUGACGCCCUGCGUGGCCGACUUGUGGCCACGGCAUCCGACUCCGUGCUGCGUCUUAGCGACAAGUGCUUUGCGGCAGUUGAUGACAUCCGGAAUCUUCAAUCGGUCGGGACUUACUUUGCGGCCUAUGACUUAGAUAAAUCAAAACGCAUCACUCAGGCUCCUUACGCGGAUAGCCUGAUUAAUGACCUCAUCACCGUUGCAGAAAGAUACAAUUUUACCGUGGCAUUCAAUGUUGCGACAAGACUGCCGGGUAUCGGUGGCGCUGAGAAUCUGUUACUCGGGGCAAAGAAUGCUCAGGGCUUUUACGAAGGCCGCCGCUGCAACGAGCUCAAUGCAACCUUCCAGAUAUGUGAUGGCGGUGCCUUCUCUCAGAAAGGCAACGUGUGGAAUCGGACCGUGGACUUCUACGCCUUCUCAACUUUUGAAGUACCGAAGACGAGCGAGAUGUUCCCAGCGAGCGAAAAUGGGUUGUGGCUGCCCACGGUGAUUUUUCCCUACAAUGGGCAACACAUACCCACCAAGGUUUGCUAUAAAGCGCCGUCUUUCCUAGAUCGAACCCCGCAGACCGAUUUUUAUGCCGGGAUGGGAAAUUACACUGCAAUGUUCUCCGGGGUGUACCGGCUGGCGUCAAUUUCGGAAUACCUGAUGACGGUGGUCCCGACAAAGAACGCUGUGCUCGCCGUGUUUGACAUUCCUCAUGGGGCAUUAGUCGGCGUGAGCAAAGCCGGUCUCACGAUGAACGCCGACGAGUCCGCGACUGUCAACAUUGCCGACGUUGCCGAUCCUCUCUUGCGGGAGUCUGCAACGGCCGUCUACGAGCGAUAUGGCAAAAGUUGGACUGCCUUACCCGCGUCGCUCGACACGACAGUGAAGACGUCGCAAGGCAAUGUGUUGAUAAGCACUAAAGCCCUUACAACUGACCAGGGCCUGGCAUGGAUGCUAGUCAUUGCCAUCCCCGAAGACGACCUCAUCGGUGAUAUGAUCCGAGCUCGAAAAGCUGCCAUCAUCACCGCCAUUGUCGUCUCUGUUGGGAUGAUCAUUUUAGCCGCCGUAGCCGCCACCAAGUUUGAUUUCUCGGUCGUCAACUCCAGUAAAUCCAAUAAGAGAUCGUUUCUCAACGAACUGGCGAACAUGCAAGAUGUGUUUUACAUCAUGCUAACCAAGUUUGCGAAGGCCAUCGAGGCCAACAAGAGUCUCCAGAGGGGCAAAGGGAACCCAACGACCUCUGCGCAGCAAGCUUCCGUAAUACAUUCGGCAAGCACAAAAAACCAAUCCGGAGCGGCGCUUUGA